AUGCCGGAGAUGUAUUCAAAGAAUCUGGGGAAAAUCAAGAACGUUCCUUUUGAAUACUCCAACUCUGCACUGCUGGAGUAUCUACUUGACAACGGCAUCGGCCAAUGCCACAACGAGUGUUUCUUGAAUUCACCAGCCAUCCAGUCGAGGAAUACUUCGGAUCACCUGUGCAGUGCUUCAAAUGCCAAAAAUACGGCCAUGUUGCGAAGUACUGUAGGGGUCCUCAUCGCUGCAAGAGUCGUAAAUAUAAAUGCAAGGAGUCUUCAAAAUAAAGCAUAUUCAUUGAAGUCCUUUCUCUUAGAAUUUAAUCCACACAUAGUUACAAUCACAGAAACGUGGUUACAUCCCUUAAUACUUGAUAGCGAAAUUGUCCCACCAAAUUACAUCAUUCUGAGUAAAGACAGAACGACUAGAGGUGGCGGAGUAGCAAUACUUCUAAAACGGGGUAUCCCCUACGAACAUAUGCCUGAUGUGAAAGAUGUUGAAUCUUUAUGGUGCAAAGUGUCAUUCGAUUAUUAUUCUGUUGUUGUAGGUGUCGUUUAUCGGCCUCCAAACUCCGACCACAAGUGUCUGUACAACUUAUAUGAUUACAUGCAACAACACAUUAAAAAUCAAAGGAUUAUUAUGGCUGGCGAUUUUAAUAUACCUGAGGUAAACUGGGGUUCGCUGCAACUUGGCACUGUUACCUCUGAUGCAAUAUUAGACAUUUUAUUUGCGUUUAAUCUGUCACAAAUCGUCAGAAAGCCAACACGGGUGCAGGGAACGUCCAGCCGUCUGCUUGACCUUGUAUUUCUUAGUGACCACUUCCCCCAGAGCCAAGUCGAUGUUGAAGUAGUAACGGGCAUAUCCGACCAUAAAGCAGUUAUAUGCACCAUACCUAUACAAACAUCUAGGUUCUCAUAUGUUCAUCCCAAAAAAACAAAAAAUAACAAGAAAGCACAACCCAUGGAUCACGCGAGAAAUUAUCGACCUGAAACGCAAACUCAAGCGGCUAAGGAAGUCAUCUAA